CGCCUCUCCGCGUCAGGGCGGCGCGGCGCGCUCGCGUCUCCUCUGUGCCUUGCCGGCUUCCUCGCCGCCGCGGCUGCUGGUACCUCAACGUGGGACGGUCGGUGCCCCUCCGCGCUUGCCCUGGCAGGCCCGGCGGUAGCAGCGAGGUGAGGAAGGGAAGGGGCCGGGAACGGCCGGAGAACGAAGCAGGCGCGGCGGCACCCGGAGCCGCCGCUUCUUCGCAGCAGCCAAGGACGGAAGAGGCGGCGGCGGCGGGCGUUCUCAUCACCCGGGAGAGGGGGGCACGCUGGAGGGCCUGGCUCCCCUCGUCUUCUGCUCGGUCCGCUGUACGGUGAAUCGAGGAGAUGCCCGUGAAAAAGAAGCGCAAAUCUUCGGGGCAGGCAGGCGACGAAUCGGGCCUCAAGAAAUGUAAAAUCGGCAGUUAUUGCAGGUCACAAGCUUCUAAUAAAGUGAUAAGUGGUGAGGAGCAUUUUUCAAGCAAGAAGUGCCUGGCUUGGUUUUAUGAAUAUGCAGGUGAUGAUGAAGUUGUAGGACCUGAAGGAAUGGAGAAAUUCUGUGAGGACAUUGGUGUUGAACCUGAAAAUAUUAUUAUGCUAGUUUUAGCCUGGAAAUUGGAGGCUGAAAGCAUGGGAUUUUUUACAAAAGAAGAAUGGCUAAAAGGGAUGACCUCAUUACAAUGUGACUGUACAGAAAAGCUGCAAAGUAAAUUUGAUUUUUUGCGAUCCCAACUGAAUGACAUUUCAACAUUUAAGAAUAUCUACAGAUAUGCAUUUGACUUUGCAAGGGAUAAAGAUCAGAGAAGUCUUGAUAUUGACACAGCUAAAUCUAUGUUAGCUCUUCUUCUUGGAAGGACAUGGCCGCUGUUUUCAGUAUUUUACCAGUACUUGGAGCAGUCAAAAUACAGAGUAAUUAACAAAGAUCAGUGGUACAAUGUGUUAGAAUUCAGUAGAACUGUCCAUGCGGAUCUUAGCAACUAUGAUGAAGAUGGAGCAUGGCCUGUUCUUCUUGAUGAAUUUGUGGAAUGGCAAAAGGAUCGCCAAGCAUCAUAGCAAGAGCAGCUUUGAAGAGAACGCUGGAUCUUGUGAUGCCCAACCUACAAACACUGAUUCAAAACCAAGGAUUGCAUUCACAUCCUUAUGAACUUUAGUCAUUUUUUUUUCCUUUUAUUUUUAAAGGAAGCCUUGUUACACAUGAAAAGGGCAUUGAACCACACUUCUGAGACUGAAAAUUGGAGGUUUUUGUCUUAAGUUUCUAUCAUUUCAGAACAAUAAAGAUUCAGAUUUGUAACAGUCUUAAAACGUGAAGGAUAUCCCUUGAAUAUGACUAUGGAUCUUAUACUCAAAACCAAAAAUUUGUAGAAUGCAUCAGAAAUGUCCAGUGUGAGUGACUGAAUUCCAGAUAUAUGUUAAAAUUGUAGUAGAAUAUGAAUUUGGUAUGAUGGUUCUUGUGGAAUGAAUGCCUUUAGAAAGGGGAUUAACCUUAAGCCUUGGUUGGUGCUUUGCAAACACCUCUAUUUUUUGUGCCAUAACUUAACAGCUUUACGUGGAGAUAAAGCCUUUAUUAAUUUUUCAACAAAUCCUACUUCUUUUUUGUUUUGUUUUCUAAUCGAACGUUCAUAGUGGCCUGUUUUUUUUUUUUCCUUCAGAGGUACUAGGAAGAUGCCUUUGACAAAACAAUUAUAAAACUUGAAACAUCACUUGUGUUUAAUUAUUAUAUAUGGGUCUAAAUCUUAAAGAAUAGGAAAAUUAAGCUAGGUCUUCUGGUGUUCGUUAGGCUGAGAACGUAUUAUUAUGAUUCUCAUUCCUCUAUCUUCAAAUGUGGAAAAGAUAUCUUUUUAUUAUCCUAUUUUCAGGUAUAUGCAUGUCAUUCCAAAAUUAGGAAGAUUUGCACAUGAUAUAUAGCCAGUUACCACCAACUGAUUAGCAUCCAAGGAUGACUACGAUUGAUCUAUAUGGUUAGCCAAAUGUAAAUGUUUACAAGACUCGCUUUGUUUUGUGAAACAUGUUACAUGUAGGAGAACAGAUAGUAGGUAAUUGGGUGAAUAUUCAGGAACCAUGUAGAUCUCACUACCUUCUACAGCAGAAUCAUAAGAUCAUCCGUGUGAUAUGAUAUGGUCCUUAGAGCUUACCACACUAGGUAAAACAUGGUAGAAUCUGUCUCAGGAUAAUGAAAAUGUGUUGUGCACAGUGUAAUCAGAUUCAGGUAGGACAGGAUAAUGUCUAUAUGGUACAUUCUAGGUAUUUUUGUUGAUUUUUUUUUAAUUGGUCACUAACAGCCCUUAAGAAUCUGUCUGGUGCUGGGAGAUGUUAGACAGCAUGUGGAAUUGCGUGUUAGCUGCAGAAUUUUUUUGAGCUGUCCAGGGAUGAUCUUACAUAAUGGAGUUUGCUGUUCUUUGGCUCUCUGCAAAAGAAGAAGGCAGUUUGAAGUUGCAGGAGGAAGUAUAUCUUAUACCUCACACUUACUGAUCUUGCUUAGUCGCUGUUCUUAGUUAAGUAUCCCAUGAUACUUCAGAAAUUUAGGAAAUGUUUUCCAUAGCCCUGUCUGAACUGCCUGAUCUAUCAGAUUCUUUUUGGUGGAUGUGCUAAGAUCCACUUAUGAUUGAUGCCAAACCUUUUUUUAGGAAGUCAUAUUGUAGACUUAGACGUAAUUGUUGUGGGAGUCAGUUAAAUUGAAAUUAAUGGUGGUUCCAGCUUGUAUAGUUUCCAGGCUGCAGCAUUUCUAAUCAAAGGACAUAAACUGACCAACCCAAGGUAUUUCAUGAUUUCCAAAAUAAUGGAUUUCUAAGGGUUAGACACUAGAUAUUUAACAGGUGGGCAGCAAAAAUAUCCACAUUCAGAUGAGUAUUGCAGAGAUGAAAAUGGUUUCAAAUGCUUUGAUAAGGCAUUUGGAGAGAUUGAUUGCAUCGGUGUGUUUAAUAUUCACAACCUGAAUACUUGAUAUAAGCCUUAUUGUGGAACAGUUAUGGUUAGGAUGAGUUAUGUUCAACCAAUCUUUUAAAAUGGACAAAUAUUAUCUUGGGUGGGGGCUGCAGUCAGAUUUGGCACUAAUAUUGUUAUUUCCCCAAGUGAAAUAAGUGCUUGUUUUCAUUCUCUGAUGUAGAUGGGGAAUAAAAAGUAUGAAAUUCAA